AGGACCAUAGGGUGUGCUCUGUGUACUCACUGGGUUGUCUGCUGUACCCCAACCAAACCAGCCUGUGCUGCUCUGGGCCAGGCUUGGCUACUGGGUACUGUGCUGGUGCCAUACAAACAGAGUGUUGUGCCAAAACAGGGCUCGAGCUUAGCUUAGCUGAGCCAUGGAUAAGAAGCGUUCAGCGGGUCGAGAUUGCGGGAGAUGAGAUGAGCCAUGAAUUUGGAUUGCCUGCAGUUGGGGGACUGGUGUUCAGGGGCCCGAGGGGGUCCAUGGCUGCGCCACACGGAGGAGGACCAGGGUGGAGGUGGUGGGGGCCGGGGAAAGAGGAGCGCAGCAGGAGGUCAACCCAGGCUGGAGGUGCCUCUCCUGGGAGGACCCUGGCUCAACUCGGAGGAACUAAGGAGCAGCGUGGUGGUGCUCUAUGCUCCUGCUGGGAACACAUGCUUCCUCCGACUGAGCUCAGGAAUGGAGGAGACUGUUUGGGAGCAGUACACUGUGAACCUACAGAGGGACUCCAAGAUGGGGUUUGGUAUCGCUGUGUCGGGGGGGCGGGACAACCCCAACGUGGAGAAUGGCGAGAUGUCAAUCAUCGUGUCAGAUGUCUUGCAGGGAGGACCAGCUGAUGGACUACUGUUUGAAAAUGACCGUGUGAUCCAAGUCAACUCCAUCCUCAUGGACAACGUGCCUCAUUCCUUCGCUGUGCAGCAGCUACGCAAAUGUGGGAAGACCGCCAAGAUAACUGUGAAGAGACCUCGGAAGGUGGCUCUCCACUCCCUGAAACACCCUCCCUCACCUGGUGCCGAGAGUCGAGACUUCGGCUCCACCCGCUACUACGAUGCCGAUGACAACCAGAGCGACGGGGGCUGGCAUCGUGGUAAUGGUGGUCCUGGUUACAACCGUGAGCCUCGCGACCUCACCCCCGACAACAAGAGCUACCUGGACCCCAACUACGGCAGCCGUGGUAACCGGGGGAGGAGCAAAGAGAGGGCGUCGCCAAGCCCAGAGCUUCACCACGACAACAGCAGUGGGCGGGCCUUGGACCGGGAGCCGCCCAGUCCAGAGAGGCCACAGUAUUCACGGGAACGCAGCCGGGGGAGAAGUAUGGACCGGGAGAGACGAGGGGGAGGAGGAAGUCCAGGUGGGAGGAGCUACAGCCGGGAAGACAGCUACGAGCGAGGAGGGGGGAGGUACGGGGAUGGGGAAGGUACCGGGGGGAGGAUGGUGAAGAGUAAAAGUAGAGACAACCUCCGUGAGCCGCCCCGUUCGCCCUCUCCUGACCUCCCCCGAGGAGGAGCUAGAGACCUGGAGCCCCUGGAGAAACCUGUUAACGUCCUGCUGGUCAAGAACAGACCCAACGAAGAGUAUGGUCUGCGUCUGGGCAGUCAGAUAUUCAUCAAGGAGAUGACCAGUACAGGACUGGCUGCCAAGGAUGGAAACCUACAGGAGGGAGACAUUAUCCUCAAGAUCAAUGGGACAGUAACCGAGAACCUGUCUCUGAACGAUGCAGGGAAGCUCAUAGAGAAGUCUAGAGGAAAACUCCAACUGGUCGUCCAGAGAGACCGCCGCCAGAUCCUCAUCCGUAUCCCGCCCCUCGUAGACUCCGACUCCGAACCUGAUGAUAUCUCAGAGAUGGAGUCCUACUCCCCACAGGAGGACCGUAGAUCUCGCCAGUCGGACCCAUCUUCCCACUCCUCCAACGAGAGAGAGAACCCCAGACCUCUAACUAGCCUGGAAGACUCUCCCAGGGUAGCCAAGAUGUCUGCCAUGGCCUCGCCCUUUAGGGUGCCCCCCCUACAGGACCCAAACGCCCCGGGCCCUGCCAUACUGACCUCAGAGGGGCUGCCACGCCUCGACGAGCAACCAGCGUCAGCAAAGAUUACUCCUAAGAUUCUGCUACGCCCCAGCCCAGAGGAUGAAGAGCUCUAUGGCGCUAACACAGUGAUGGUGAGUUUCCAGAAGGGGGACAGUGUGGGCCUGAGGCUGGCGGGGGGUAACGAUGUGGGCAUCUUCAUCGCUGGCAUCCAGGAGGGUAGUCCUGCCGAGGAGGAGGGGCUACGCACAGGAGACCAAAUCAUGAAGGUGAAUAGCGUUGACUUCCGCGGCAUCGUGAGAGAAGAGGCUGUUCUGUUCCUGUUGGAGAUUCCUAAAGGAGAGGACGUUACCAUACUGGCCCAGAGUAAACCUGAUGUCUACAAUGACAUCCUGGUAUCUGGUCGUGGUGACUCGUUCUUUAUCAGGACUCAUUUUGAGUAUGAGCGGGAGGCUCCCCAGAGCCUGGCCUUCUCCAGAGGGGAGAUCUUCAAAGUGGUGGACACUCUCUACGAUGGCAAGCUGGGCAACUGGCUGGCCAUCCGCACCGGCAAGGACAAACAGCUGCUGGAGAAAGGCAUCAUCCCCAAUAAGAGCAGGGCUGAUCAGAUGGUGAGCGUACAGAACUCCCAUAAGGCUGCUGGCACAGACCGCGCCGACUUCUGGCGUCUGAGAGGUCAAAGGGCAGCCAAGAGGAAGGAGCUGAGGAAGAGCAGAGAGGAUGUCAGCGCUACGCCCAUCGCCACACGCUUCCCUACGUACGAGAGAGUCGUGCUCAGAGAGGCUGGUUUCAGACGUCCUGUGGUUCUGUUUGGGCCUAUAGCUGAUGCAGCCAAUGACAAGCUAGCCAACGAGCUGCCUGACCUGUUUGUCAUCGCCAAAACGGAGCCUAAAGAUGCCGGGUCGGAGAAAUCCUCAGGAGUGGUGAGACUUAACACCAUCCGCCAGAUCAUCGAGCUGGACAAGCAUGCCCUGCUGGAUGUGACUCCCAAGGCGGUGGACACUCUGAACUACACCCAGUGGUACCCCAUCGUCAUCUUCUUCAACCCAGACAGUAAACCAGGGGUUAAGGCCAUGAGGCAGAGGGUGAUACCUGGUUCCAACCGCAGCGCUAGGAAACUAUAUGAACAGGCUGUCAAACUGAGGAAGACCUGCUCUCACCUAUUCACUGCUACUAUUGAUGUGAACUCGGCCAACGAUGCGUGGUAUGGCAGUGUGAAGGACUCUAUCAGGGAGCAGCAGACUCAGGCUGUAUGGGUGUCUGAGGGGAAGCUGGACUGGACGGAGAUGGACCUUGAUCUCCAUGACGACCGCAUGUCAUACCUGUCAGCCAUGUCAGCCGACUACCUGAGCAUGGACAGCCGAUUGGCCAGCGAAUACGAUGACACGGCGGAUGAGGGUGGGGCUUACACGGAUAACGAGCUGGACAACGAGCCGGCUGACCAACCGCACGUGUCCGCUAUCAGCCGCUCCUCUGAGCCCGUGCUGGCAGAGGAGAUCCUGCGCAGGUGUAGUCCAGAGAUCCGUGGUCGUGUCAGGAGGGUGGGCAGCAGGGAGGUGCUCAGCAGCGCCAGCCCACCCCCCGCAUUUGUACCUGACCCCCCCAAGGUAAAGCUGCUGUUCAGGGAUGAGGUAGUCCCUCCCAUAGGGUCAUACGAGCCCCCCCCCAGCCGAGGCUACGACUCCCACUCCUCCAGCCCUGCCAGCGAUCCCCCUCCUCUCCCUCGCACCCUUAACUCAUUUGGCAAGGCCAAGCCACUGGCACCUCCCCCCAUCGCCAUCAAACCUUCCUAUAAUACCCAGGACACCACCCACAGCACGGCCCCAAACACAGCGGCCUUUAGGGGCCCGGAGGAGCCAGGGGAGAGCCCUGAGGACCCCAGCCUCAAGUCGUUCCUGGGGAAGAUCAAGGCCUUUGAGAAGAUGGACCACUUUGCACGCACUCAGAGGAUGCUGGAGCUGCAGGAGGCCCAGAACGCCAGGUUGGAGAUAGCUCAGAAGCACCCAGACAUCUAUGCUGUCCCUGUGAAGACCCAGAAACUGGAUCACAGCCGGCCUCAGCCUAUAGGUUCCAGCUCGCGUCCUGAGCCCCAGACCCCUCCCUCCAAGCUGCCAUACUCUGAGAGUUGUGGGUUCUACCCCAGCGAAGAGGAAGAGUACCGACGCCAGCUGGCAGACCACACCAAGAGAGGCUACUACCAGACCAACAACCAGAAAUACCAGGACACAGAACUUUAGACUAUGCUACCAACAGCCAUAAAAUACCAGGACACUGAAUGAAGUGUAGCACUACUACGUGCCCACCUACCUACCCUACCACACCCACCUACCUACCCUACCACACUAAACUGUAGUGCCCCUUCUCUCCUGGACCCCCGACUACCCUUAACACCCUAAAGUAACAAGACCCCCUGGCUGGUUGACAGAGACACCCACACACUGCUGAGCCUUGCUCUGAUUGACUCAGUUCAGCGCACACAAACGCACACUCUCAAUUCCACCGGGACUCUGCCCCCCUCCCCUGACCCUGCACCAAUACGCUGCUGACUCGGAAGCUGGCCAGUUUUAAGUUUUUCUUAAAACCGCUUUUUUGCUUCAAAAAGUGUAUUAGUUACCUCACUGUUAUUAUUCUUGUUUAAUUUCUAUUUGCUUGUUUGGUUGAGUUCUUUUUUGUUACACCGAUCUGUGUUAUUGUUAUACCGAUCUGUGUUAUUGUUACACCGAUCUGUGUUAUUGUUACACCGAUCUGUGUUAUUGUUACACCGAUCUGUGUUACUGUUACACCGAUCUGUGUUACUGUUACACCGAUCUGUGUUACUGUUACACCGAUCUGUGUUACUGUUAUGAUCCAUUUAAUCAGGAUGUUAUUUCUUGCCUAUGCAACUCCUUCAGUUUGCUGCCUGCAGAGCAACUGAAACCUAUUACCACGAGUCCCUCUCUGCACUCCACAAGAACCUUAAACCUUACGAGUCCUCCAAGCUGUAUCUUCUUCUCGUUACUCCUUUCCUUUUGUACUAUAUCCAACAUUAUAACCAGCUGUCUCCAAACUAUUUUAAAAGGUCACUUAUAUAUUAUUAUAUAUACAAUGUCUGGUGUUUAUACUCCUCCAUCUUUGCAUUCCUUCCUAUAUGAUCGUGUGUGUGUGUGUGUGUGUGUGUGUGUGUGUGUGUGUGUGUGUGUGUGUGUGUGUGUGUGUGUGUGUGUGUGUGUGUGUGUGUGUGUGUGUGUGUGUGUGUGUGUGUGUGUGUGUGUGUGUGUGUGUGUGUGUGUGUGUGUGUGUGUGUGUGUGUGUGUGUACACACACACAUAUAUAUAUAUAUAUAUGCGAACGAAAGAGGCAAUAUAUUAUAUAUACAAUACACUGGAAUGUAAGAUUUUUUAAGUGCCUUUUACUUUAUGAAUAACAUAAUGAGGUUUGGGGACAUCUGACCAUGCAUGGCACCCCUGUCCCGUGGACCACACCACUCUGCUGCUCUCAAGCUUUUAGGGAAAACAGGGAACAAGAGACACCAAAACCUUAAUACUGUCCCCACUGUACCGUCCCUCCAUCCAUCCCUUUGUCCCUUCCUCCACAACGAUAAUAUCCGUAACCAGUCCUGUCCCCCAGAGACAUGUCCAACAUGGGAACAGCAUUUAAUCAAAACCGCCUCCUGAGUGGCGCAGCGGUCUAAGGCACUGCAUCGCAGUGUUAGAGGCGUCACUACAGACCCGGGUUCGAUUCCAGGCUGUGUCGCAGCCUGCCGCGACUGGGAAACCCAUGAGACGGCGCACAUUGGCCUAGUGUCGUCCGGGUUAGGGGAGGGUUUGGCCAGCCGGGAUGUCCUUGUCCCAUCUUGCUCUAGCGACUCCUGGUGGCGGGCCGGGCGCAUCCAUGCUGACUUCGGGUCGCCAGUUGUUCGAUGUUUCCUCCGACACAUUGGUGCGGCUGGCUUCCGGAUUAAGCGAGGAGUGUGUCAAGAAGCAGUGCGGCUCAGAGGUCGCAUGGCUCUCGACCUUCUCAACCUCCGUACGGGAGUUGCAGCAAUGGGACAAGAUGGCAACUACUAAUUGGAUAUCACGAAAUUGGGGGGGAAUGUUUUCCGAGUUUCCUGGGUAUGAUAAAAUGUAUGAGAAUAAAUUCACUGUGCGGAACAACAAAAACUGAUCAGUAAUAUAACUCAAACAUGAUCUUUCAAAAGAGGGUCAUUUUUGUUUUAACCACAGAAACCCGGAUAACGGUUUUGAUAGAAUAGCAACCCAGAUCAGGUGGUUUCAGAGAGGAGGUUUGAUGUAGGAGACGUGUGAUUGGUUGAUAUGUAUGUCAGUCAUUUCUGUUGUGGCGUCAUGUUGGCUGUCGUGGUCUCUGUUACACUGUUGAUGUGUUUCUACAUGUUAUUACAUGCUUGAUUGUAUCUCAGUUCACACUAUACCUCCAGUGGGUUAUAAGUGCUUAUGAUUGAACACACAGUAUUAAAGAGAGAGAAACAGAGAGCGAGAGGAAUUACUGGACAAUGUCAGCUUUGGGUCUUUCAUGUAGUUUUAUCUUACAACACCAAAUAAAAAAGUCUUUCAUUGA